AUGUAUGCUCAACUGAACAGAAACAAAAAGAAGAAAAAAGAUAUCGACGAUGAAAAGUUAAAUGAGCAAGAAGCUGCGAAAAUUUACGCAGAGUUUGUCCGGUCGUUCGAGGGAAGCGCCUUGGAAAAGGGAAACAAAUUCGUCAAAAGUGGAAAAGUGUUGAACCCCUCAAGCACUCUGUAUGUGCCAGCUGAAGAUGAAAGUAGGAAGAAGCCCAACAGCAAAUUCAGCAGGGGGGAUUACUCAUAUGAAGAAAAAAAGAAGGAAGAAAAAAGAGACAACAACAAAAAUGACACGGGGAAAGUAAAGGAAAUUGAUAGUUUUUUAGAAGAAAUUAAGUUAAAGCAGAAAAUUUUGGAUGAGAGGAAAGUUUUAAAAGAAAAAGCCGAGCUAGCGAAAUCUGAAGAGGAGAAACUUAAAAUUAAGAGGAAGCUAAUAGAGAUCGAAAAAAAUGAAACGCUCUUUUCGUACGCCCCAAGAAAGGACAGAGUGGCCAACUUGUACCUGGGAAAUUUAUCUCCAGAGGUGACUGAGGAGUACCUGUGCCAACGCUUUGGAAAAUUUGGAAAAGUGAACAGCGUCAAAAUUAUGUAUCCACGAACAGAUGAAGAUAAAAAGAAGGCUAGAAUUAGUGGAUUCGUUUGUUUUGAAAAUAGAGAUGAUGCAGAAAAUGCAAGGGAUGCCCUGGAUGGUGUGGAAAUGUUCGGAAAUAUUGUGAAGGUCGGUUGGAGUAAAGCCAUACCAAAGAAUUUAAACAUGAACAAAAGUGAAUAUAAUCAGUUUAACUAUGAAAAAAGUAAUUUGUAUCAUACUGGUUAUAAUAAAAAAAUAGAGAUUCUAUUACCAGAGGAUCGGAAGACCAAGAGAAUAAUUGAUUUGUUAGCCAAGUAUGUUACGGAGGAAGGAUACACAUUUGAAGAAGCUAUAAAAAGGAAUGAGAAGGAUAAUCCGGUGUUUACAUUUCUCUUUAACACAUCUGAUUUGUUUUAUUACUACAAGUGGAGAGUUUUUUCUUUCGCUCAAGGAGAUAGUUACAAAAAUUGGAGAGCGGAUCCAUUUCAGAUGUUCGAGAAUAGUUAUGUGUAUGUGCCACCGAUACAAAAGAACGCCAAAAAGGUCGUGUCAAAGAAGGACAAAAGUAGAAACAAGAAGAACAAAAUAGACGAGAAAAAGAAGGAAAAGCUAAUUAACAUUAUAAACAACUUGAAUAGGAAGAGGGUGAGCAUAUGUCGCGCCAUGAUAUUCUGCACACGGCACAGCGACUUCAGCGAGGACAUUGUGAAAACCAUGUCGAAUUAUUUGACCGAUUUGAAGUACGACAUGUUGAAAAAGAUAAACCUGGUCUAUUUGCUGUCGGACAUUCUGUACAACUGCAGCAACCAGUUUUACUCGUCCUGGUCCUAUCGCAAGCACAUCGAAGAAGAGCUACCUCGGAUAUUUUUCCAUUUUCGAAAAAAUAUCAAAAAGUGCGAUAGCAAAAUAAAAGCAAAAAUGUUCACAGAUUCGAUUAUGAACAUUUUUGACAUGUGGGAUGUUUGGGCAAUUUAUAGCUCCAUCUUUAUGAAUGGUUUGAAAUGCCUAUUAACAAAUAAGAAGUUAAGUUAUGUAAAAAAUGAAAUUCACGAGUCGGACAGUGAGGCGGACUUGGAUGGAACAAAAGUUGAAUUUUUCGAUGAAAUAAAAAGGUAUCCUUUAAAUAUGAGGAGAAAUGCAUAUUUAUAUUUCCAAAAGGAGGAAACACAUUUAAAUCGAUUAUGUGAACAAAGGGGUUUGUAUUUUGACGACAGUUUCAAAAGAAAAAAAAAAGUAAAAUAUUUAAUACUGUAUGAUGAGUUUUGCAGUAAUCUUAAUAGUGCGCUGAAUGAGAUGGGAAAUUUAAACGUUAUGUUCCCCAGUGACGGCAAAAAGGUUCCUGCGUUUGUCAACGACACGAAUGAUGCUGCUUUCCAUGUGCAGGAGAGGAGUUUCAAUCAUGUGUCUUGA